CAAGGUGAUACCGUGUCAGAUGUUAGAACCCUAUCCAACGCCUCAACAGUGGACAACAUUAGGUCCAUCUUUGGAAAUGCCGUUAGCAGAGAACUGAUAGAAGUGGGCUGUGAAGAUGCAAAUCUGGCCUUUAAAAUGAAAGGUUACAUCACGAAUGCAAACUACUCUGUGAAGAAAUGUAUAUUUUUACUCUUCAUAAACCUCUGGAAAUAGCUCCCCAAAAUGUAGAUGUGAACGUGCACCCUACAAAACAUGAGGUCCAUUUUCUUCAUGAAGACAGUAUUCUAGAGCGUGUGCAACAGCAUGUAGAGAGCAAGUUAUUGGGCUCUAAUUCUUCAAGGAUGUACUUCACUCAGACACUGCUUCCAGGGGCUGACUGUUCUUCCAGUGAGGUUGUAAAAUCAGCAGCCAACUCUUCUGUGGUUACCAAAGGAACCGGUGAUAAAGUUUACGCACAUCAGAUGGUCCGCACUGAUUCCCGAGAGCAGAAAUUGGAUGCUUUUCUUCAGCCAGUGAACAACCCCCCAAAUACAGGCCUCACUGAAGUGACAACAGAGGUUGAUGCAAGACCUCCGGAGGGUGCAAGCAGACCACAGGAUGCUGAAAUGGAAGAAGUCAGUGAUCUGGUUGAAAUGGCUGAUGUUCAGGAGGACAUAGGGAAGCCUGGAGGGCUGAGUGAGAGUGGGCACUUGUCUCGCAAGACAGUGCCUUCUCGAAAGAGACCACGGGAAGACACAGACAUAGAAAUGGAGGAAGAUGACACCACAAAGGACAUGACUGCUGCCUGCACCCCUAGAAGAAGAAUUAUCAAUUUGACUAGUGUAUUGACUCUCCAGGAGGAAAUCAGUAACCAGGGACAUGCAAAACUUCAGGAGAUGCUACGUGAUCACUCCUUUGUUGGCUGUGUCAGUCCACAGUGGGCUCUGGCCCAAUAUCAGACAAAACUGUACCUUCUCAAUACAACAAAACUCAGCCAAGAACUCUUCUACCAGAUACUUAUUUAUGACUUUGCAAACUUCGGAGUCUUAAGGUUAUCUGAGCCAGCUCCUUUAUACGAACUUUCAAUGCUUGCUUUAGAGGAUCCUGAAAGUGGCUGGACGGAAGAAGAUGGCCCAAAAGAAGGGCUUGCUGAGUACAUUGUGGAGUUUCUGAAACAGAAGAUUGAGAUGUUGAAGGAUUAUUUUUCUCUUGAAAUUGAUGAGGAAGGAAAUCUUAUUGGGUUACCACUUCUGAUAGACAACUAUGUUCCACCGCUUGAAGGACUGCCUAUGUUUAUCCUUCGAUUGGCCACAGAGGUAAACUGGGAUGAAGAAAAGGAGUGUUUUGAAAGCCUAAGUAAAGAACUUUCCAUGUUCUACUCCAUCAGAAAGCAGUAUAUAAUAGGUGAAGCCAAUCCAACAAGCUCUCAGAAUGAAGAUUCUGACUCUGGUUCAAAAACAUGGAAAUGGACUGUGGAACAUGUGAUUUACAAAGCUUUUAGGACUCAUCUUUUGCCUCCUGAACACUUUGCAGAAGAUGGCAACAUUUUGCAGCUUGCUAACCUGCCUGACCUGUAUAAAGUUUUUGAAAGAUGUUGAGCAAGUAGUUAUUACAGACCGUUUUUUUAGAUAGGCACCAUUCCUUUUAUGUUCAGUUUUACAUAGUAGAAGAUAAAGCUGGAAUCUUGAUGAAGGAAAGAAGAAGAGAGGAUUUAGUAUCAUACUAAACUACUAACAUGACAGCAAAUGGUCUUUUUUCCUUCUGUUGAUCAAAGUAUAAAAAGAAUAAUUUUAGCUUUUUCUAAACCCAACCCAAGUUCCUAAAAUAAAAUUUCCACUUAUUCUCUGAGUUUCCCUAUUAACCAAUCUGCUAACAGAAUACAAUUUCUACUGCAGAAAAUUAAGUGGGUUAAGUGAUUGUGAAAGAAGAUGGAGCUUAAUUUAGUUGAAAUGUGAGUGCUUUAACUUUGUUUGCUUCUUGAAAGUGAAACAGAAAAAGGCAGCUAACCUGUUUUAUGACUGUUGUCUGGCAGUAUCUGCAAUAAUAUACAUGCAAAGCACUUAAAAAUCAUCUGUUACUAGAGAAGUUAGUCUUGUAAUAUUUCAGGCCCCUUGCUGAUAUAAGACAAACCCCUUCCCUCUUAAUUAAGGAAUCAGAAAAUAGAAAUGGGAAUGGUCUGGCAGAUAGUAAAUGAGCAUGCAAACAUAAUAUUCAUUAUCUCAAAUUUAUUGAACGGGGCUUGGGAGAUCUACAUGCAAGGCUGUGUCCCAACAAGGAAAGCAUUAUUCUAAGUCCAAGAGGCAUCUAGCAUCCAAACCAAAAAGGAAAGCAAGCUUCAGUUUUGCAGUGUAAAGAUUUCUGUUCCAUUUGAAAGCAGCUCUGGUAUAAGCAGAAGCAUGAAUGCUCUUGGAUUGCAGUGGUCCCAAACCCUGCCUUGCUUUGAGAAAUACUCUUGAUGGGCAGCAGUUUGCAACAGGAGAGCAUUUGAUAUGAGUCCAAAAGGAUAAUUCCUCUCAGAAGGGCAUCUGCUGGCUUCAAGUAAAGUCUUAACACAGGGGCUGUGUAACUUCAAUUUCAGGGGUGUCAAGUGCAGAUGCUGAUCGUUUCCUGCCUGUGAUGUGCCAGCUUAAAAAGAGUGAAGUUCUUAAUAACAGAAAUCCACAUUGUUUCAGAAAGCAUCUUCUUCCUUCUGCUCCCUCUCUUUGAUGGCAAUCCUGUCAAUGACAUAACUACUGGAGAAUUGUCUUCCUGAGCCAGCCAGCCCAGAAAAUGAAAUCUGAAGCGAGCCACUGGCUUGAGCUGGCCACAGCCCACAUUACUUUCUGGCAAUGAGGGGGCACUGUCAUGGUGGAGAAUAUAGGAACUACUAAUGGAAAUCACAUUUGUAGUGUGAUUCCACUGUAUCUUGCCCUUGCUACAGUGUGCUUGUUUUGUGAUUUCAGCGUACUGCUGUAUCACUUUCCUAAAUCCAAAUCACAUAUCAUGGCUUAAUAUAUCAAAUAGGUAAAUUUGAUUAAACAUGAAAAGCUCCCUCUGUGGAACAUCCAAAAGAGCCUGGACUCUGACAUGUACAUGUGAGAAAUGUCUAUAGAUAACCACAGACAUGCUUAAAUUGUAUGUUAAGUCUGGCAGCAUGUGCACUGUCAUGCCAUGUGAAAAUAUGAGCUCCUGAUCACACUGUUCUGCAGGCUCCUGACCCUCACAAAGCUAAUAACCCCAAAAAUCAUAAGUACAUUCUGAGUUAUGUUCAUUUUCCCCCCUUUUUGUAUUUUUUUCACCUUUUUGGUAUUUAAUAGAAACCUGAUUACAUAGUGCCAAGUUCCUUGCACAAAAUGAAAAAUACUCUUAAUAAAGCUGAAAUAGUUUGG